AUGCCGGUUUGGAAUUUAAGUGAAGCACGAGGACGGAUGAUCAGUGAAGCAGAAGUUCGUCUUCAAUAUGGUGAUCAUCCGACCAUGUUUUGCAUGCUAUUAAACCAUGGUGGAAAGUUUACUGAUUUUCCUGGAAGGAAGUAUGUAAACGGAAAGAGACAUUACGUUGAGUUAAUAGACAUCGAGACUUUCUGUGUUCACGAUAUUGAUGACAUGAUGGUGAAACUUGGGUAUAUCGAUGAAAAUCUACAUGUGGAGAUGUACUAUCAUUUUCGAAGGCCACUAUGCGAUUUGGAUUUUGGCUUGUUUGCUUUAGCUUCAGAUGAUGAUGUAAGGCAUUUAGCAAAAUAUGUUGGCCAGCAUAAGCUAAUAGAGGUGUAUACAGAGCACGGGCAAACGAAAUUACACACAUACUCGAUGUCACCAAACCCAUCUAAGGUACGUAUAGUUGAGAUUGAUUGUACCCCAAAAAGAUUGUUUUUGGAAUGGCAUGAUACACAAGUUGAGCCUAAUGAUGUGUUGACAUUUGAGCCUAAUAGAAACAACCCUCCUGUUUCACCUACUAGAAAUGAGCCUUCAAUUGACAAGGUGGACAUGGUAAGUGAUAAUGCAAACAUCAUGGAAACUGAAAUUGAACAUAGUAGUGAUGAUAAUAGCAGUGGUGAUGAGAUCAACAGUGGUGAUGAUAGUGAGAGUCAAGAUGGUGACUUUCUUGUGGACGAAGACAAUAUCAUUGAUGAUGUUGAAGUUGACAUGAGAGAAUUCCACUUGAAUGUUGACCCAGAUGUUGAGUGGAUUGGAGGUGCUUCUAAAAGAAAGAAUCAUGUAGUUACAGAAGAUGGGAAUGAAGCAGACCUUGAAGUUAUAGAUAUGGAACUUUUCUUGUCCGACUCUUCAUCGGAUGAUGGGAUCGAAGGAGAAAGAAACAAAAAGAUUAAAGCUAUUAGAAGGGCGCAUGAGAACGAAAAUGCUCAAGGGAACCAUAACAAGCCUAGGUGGUGGGACCGUCAAGAAGUAGUCAAUGAAGAAGGUAAGUGUCCUUGGGUUCUUUUAGCCAGUAAGUGGAAACGUGACAAGGAUUGGACAGUUAAAACAUAUGUUAGUGAACAUAAAUGUCUUCAAACAAGAAAGGUUAGGGCUUGUGAUUACAAGUUUCUUUCAAAGCAAAUUCUACAACUGGUGGAAGCAAACCCAAAAAUUCCAGUCAAGGCUUUAAGGGAACAACUUCAACUGCAGACUCAAAACCCAGACACCACUAUCAAGCUUGAUGUCGAAAGUGAACCAAAUCCUGAUGUUGAGACAAGAACCUUCAGACGCGUGUACGUGUGCCUUGGUGCUUUGAAGCAAGGAUUUGCAGCAGGGAAGAGGGAUUUUCUUGGGGUAGACGGGGCUUUCAUGAAAGGACCUUUCCAUGGUCAAAUUUUAUCUGCUGUGGCUUUAGAUGGGAAUAAUGGAAUAUAUCCUUUAGCAUAUGCUGUGGUUGAAGCUGAGACACUGAACUCUUGGACAUGGUUUUUAACUCACUUGGGUGAUGACCUAGGGUUGGCUUCAAAUUCAAAUUUUACAUUUAUAUCAGACAGGCAAAAGGGUUUAAGUUCUGCCAUCGCAGAUUUGUUUCCUUGUGCAGAGCACCGUUAUUGUGUUCGCCACAUACACGAAAAUAUGAGGUCACGUUGGAGAGGGGAUAAGUUUAAAGAACUGCUUUGGAAUUGUUCAACAACAUAUACUGUGCAAGAGUUUGAAAAAGAAAUGGAAGAAGUUAGAAAAUUAAACCAAGAAUGUUAUGAGUGGCUUAAACAAAUACCACCUCAACAUUGGGCACGUUCUCAUUUUACAGGGAGAGCACAUUCUGAUAUUGUGAUAAACAACAUAUGCGAGUGCUUUAAUAGCAAAAUAAUAGACGGACGUGACACACCAAUUAUCAAUUGCUUAGAGUUCAUCCGGGAGUACAUCAUGAAGAGGAUUGUGAAUGUUGAAAAAGAAAUUGACAAAGCAACAGGCCCUUUGACUCCAACAGCUACCAAGCUAUUGCAAAAGAUCAAAGAUCAGGCAGAGGAGUAUACAACAUCAUUUUGUGGAAAUGGGAAGUACCAAGUGAGUGGACCUUGGCAAGAUCAGUGUGUAGUGAAUGUGAAUCAACGAACCUGUUCAUGCAAGAAGUGGGAAAUAACUGGAAUGCCAUGCAAACAUGCUGUAUCUGCAAUCUGGGACAUGAGGAGAAAUAAUGGUGCAAUUGGUAUUCCAGAAACCUUUGUUCAUGAAUGUUAUUGGCUAUCAACCUGGAGGAACAUGUACUCUUUCAAAGUGGAUCCGAUAAAUGGUAGAAGAAUGUGGAUUAAGUCACCUUGUCCAACUACUUUGUUGCCUCCAAAACACCGUGUCCCAAUAGGAAGACCAAAAAAGAAACGAAGGAAGUCAGCUACAGAAAAAGAGGAUAUGAUCAAAGGGAAUACAGUUUCUAGAGCACAAAAAACUGUUACAUGUACCAAAUGUAACAACAAAGGACACAAUGCCAGGACUUGCAAAGGGCAGUUACCAACUGUUGGGAAGAAGGGAAAAAAGAAGAAUGAGAAAGGAAAAGAGAAGGAUAAAGGAAAAGAGAAUGAGAAAGGAAAACAGAAGAAGAAAGGAAAAGAGAAGGAUCCAUUGUAA